AUGUCUAUCCAAAGGAUGUCUCCCUUGAAAAGGGUUAUAUAUACGGCCCAGAAGGGCAAAAUCUGUCAUCCAAGGGUUAAAACAGACAGACGGGUCGUGCGAUUUCUACUGGUUUGGAUAGAAUUUGCACAUUCUACUGCCCCCAGCCAGGGAAGGCAGUGGAACAUACCUGUCAGCUCCAUGUUCCACUGUCCUGUCUCCUGGAUGGGGGGCAGUACUGAGGCCGCUACGCCUGGUAUAAUGGCAGCGGUGGGCGCCGGUUCCAAGAAGUCAGUGACAUCAUUUGUAAAGGUGGCUUUUUACGGAAUAUGGAUUCCAAGGAGGUCAGAGUCGACACCUUCCUGA